AUGACUUUGGGGCACACAACCAAGGAGUGUGCUCAUAACAAAACCGCUAAAUCGAUCAAAACACCGGUUGCAGUAUAUGUCCCCAAAGUAAAGGCACCGAGAGCGCAGGUGGUAUCCGAAAGUAAUAAGGAGGCGAUGCCUAACCGAGGAAAGGAGGUAUUAGCAGUCCAAAGGAGGGAGAAGCAAACAGUGAUCCGAGAUACUCCUUCGCUAGAAGUGGGACCGAGUAGGGAAGAGGGGUGCUCAAAUGACCCAUGGCUGGUGGGAGGGGACUUCAAUGUUAUCCGUGAUCUAAAUGAGGAGGCCGGGUUGUUUCCACUGCCCAUGCAAGGAGAAUGGUACACAUGGCACAACUACAGUACGACAACACGGAGUUUAUGGAAGAGACUGGAUCGAAUUCUUAUUAAUGACCUAUGGUUUAAGAGGUUUCCUACCUCAUCAUAUCAUAGUCUUUUACCUCGGACAUCUGACCACUCGCCGCUUGUCCUUCAUGGGGAUUCACCGCAGCAUAAUGGAGGUAUGUUUCGGUUCGAUAAUUACCUUGCCAACUCGCCGGAUUUUAUCCCUAGUGUUCAGAAUAUUUGGCAGCAUGAGGUGAUUGGUGUGCCUAUGUAUGCGGUGACACAUAAACUCAAAGCCCUAAAACAGGUCUUCAGACAGCAGAGGAGAAACAAGGGGGACUUGACUCGUAAUGUCCGAUUGGCAAAGGGUUUUCUCAAUGAGGCACAAACAUUGGUGAGCUCAGACAGACAGAAUGAGCUCUUCCUUUACUUGGAGCACUGCUGCCGGAUGGUGUAUGCAAAAGCGGCCAAGACUGAGCAAAUUAUGCUACAGCAGAGAGCCAAGAUGCAGUGGAUGACGGAUGGUGAUCAAUGCUCUAGGGUUUUCUUUCGCAAGAUUGCUCAGAGGAGGGCGACGAGGAGAAUCUUGCAAAUUAAUGAGUUUGUGCAUUAUUAUCAGAACCUCCUUGGAGGUAACAGACGUCGAAUAUUAGUGGACAUUAACUACCUCAGACCAUGGGCGAGGCAUAUACUUUCUGAUGAGGAGGCUAGCCACCUACUGUCACCAUUUUCACUGGAGGAAGUGAAGUUAGCCGUGUUCGACAUUGCAGGGGAUAAGGCCUCGGGGCCUGAUGGCUACUCGUCAGGAUUCUAG